UAGAGAAUAAAUAUUAAGGAUUAUAUUAGAGGGGAAAAGUGAGAGGACAUCGAAGGUCUAACGAACGAACGAGAACGAGAGAGUAAGCCAAACGAGAACGAGUGAGCAAGCCGAACGAGUGAGCAAGCCGAACGAGAGAAGCAAGUGAACCGGGGUACCCACCGAUAACCACAUCAACAGCGACAGUCCCAUGAGCGCCCAUGUGGACGCCGAGGCCCAGCGCUUUGGGGCUGGCAGCGCCGGCGGAGGAGUGGGCGGGCCUAAUGGCGGCGGCGGCGGCGGCGGCGGCGGUGGUGGUAGCAGUGGAGGAUCGUCGAGUGCUGCCAAUGGAACGGGCCUUGGGGGGCCAUGGACAACCUGGAGAACGAGCUGAAGAUGAUGAAGAACUUGGGCAGCUUCCCCAUGCAAAUACCGCCGCUUUCGAUGUUCCAGGGAGCCUGCAACAUCUCGCCCAGCGCCUCGACCCCAACCAAUCCACAGAGCAACCAGAACCAGAACGAUGUGGACGUGGAUGCGGGCAGCACACCUCGACCGCAGCAUCCCGACUCCGAUGGCUUCUCUUCGUCGCACCACCGUACGCCUCCCUCGCCGCCGCCCAUCUCUCCGGGCCAGGACUACGGUGGUAUGUUCGGCUCUGGGAAUGGUGCUGGUGGUCCAGGGUCCAAUAGCACGCCAGUGGGCAGCUCCAGUGCUGGCGGAGGCGGUGGUGGUGGUGGAGCCGGCGGUGGGGCCAACAGCAUGUCAGCCUCGUCCCCGCUGCCUGCCCUGCAGCCACAGCGACGGAAUGCGUCGAGCGUGGGCAGCACAUAUCCGGAGCACGAGCUCAUCUCGCCGGCCUCCUCCCCGAGCAUUCCGCGCUACAACUUCAACGGGGACAUGAUGCGCCACAAGCGGGCGGUGCAGGAGCAGGACCAGCACGAGCAACGCCAGCGGCACAACCUCUCGCGUCACAAUCAAAUGUCCAGCGACGAGGAGAACAGCAUCAUGCCGCAGAACAGGUACAGAACAUUUUUGUAUGUCAGUAUAUAUCGCUUCGCGGCUGCUGCCGCGGCGGCGAGUGCGGCCAACGAUCUGUCCGAUCUGCAGGGCCUGGACAUGAGCUCGCGAUCGAACGCGUCGAGCAACUAUCACCACAACUUCCAGCUGCCAAGCAGUCGCUACCAUCACCACAUAUACGACAUUCUGUCGGACAGGGAGCAGAGCCAGCAGGCGCAGGCCCAGGCGCAGGCACAGCAGGCAACGGGUGCAUCGGUGGUGCACCAGCAGGAGCACGGACACGGCAGCCAGCUGGCCAUGCAGCAACACCAGUCGGCGGCGGCCAUGCACAACAUGCUGAGCGAGCAGCUGGGCGAACAGGAGCACGACCAGACCACCUCCGUGGACCGUGACCACGGACCGUGACCGCACGGCCAACUAUGUG